GGCCAAUCAGAUUCUGAUGAGAUUCUCAAAAAUCCAGAGCUCAAUGAAGCCAUUAAGGCUUUGCCAGCUAACUACAAUUUUGAGGUCCACAAAACAAUAUGGAGGGUACGACAAGCCAAAGCCAAGAGAGUGGCCUUGCAGUUGCCCGAGGGUCUGCAGAUGUUUGCCUGUGUGAUCGCUGACAUCAUUGAAAGAUUCACAGAGGCGGACACUCUGGUGAUGGGAGAUGUGACAUAUGGGGCCUGCUGCGUAGACGACUUCACUGCCCGGGCACUGGGAGCUGACUUCAUGGUGCAUUAUGGACACAGUUGUCUCAUCCCUAUAGACUCAACAGAGGGCAUCAAGAUGCUGUACGUGUUUGUGGACAUCCAGAUUGACACUGCCCACUUCCUGGACACACUCAGGUUCAACUUUCCCCCUGGCCACUCGCUCGCCCUCGUCAGCACCAUCCAGUUUGUGGCUGCUUUACAGGCAGCCAGUGCAGAGUUGAAGCCAGGUUAUGAGGUGUUGGUACCUCAGUGUCGACCACUUUCUCCUGGCGAGAUCCUCGGAUGCACGUCACCUCGUCUGGAGAAGCAUGUCAAUGCCAUCAUUUAUCUCGGAGACGGAAGAUUUCAUUUGGAAUCCAUCAUGAUUGCCAACCCAGAUAUACCUGCAUACAGGUAUGACCCAUACAGUAAAGUAUUUUCUCGAGAGUAUUAUGACCAUGAGGCAAUGCGGGCCACCAGACUGCAGGCUAUAGAGAGCGCCCGCUCAGCCCAGAGAUGGGGCCUCAUCCUCGGCACCCUUGGCCGUCAGGGCAACCCCAAAAUCUUGGAGCACUUAGAGUCUCGGUUGGAGUCUUUGGGUCGUUCGUUCACACGUGUGCUCCUGUCUGAGAUCUUCCCCGGCAAGCUGGAGCUUCUGGCAGACGUGGAUGCGUGGGUGCAGAUCGCUUGUCCUCGUCUCUCCAUCGACUGGGGAACGGCUUUCUCCAAACCCUUGCUGUCUCCAUACGAGGCAGCAGUAGCGCUGCAGCAGGUGGGAUGGCAGGAGGUGUAUCCUAUGGAUUUCUAUUCCAAUCAGAGCCUGGGGGCCUGGACUCCUAAUUACCCAGACAACCAACCAAAAAGGCCUUCUCGCAAACCCAUGCAGAAGGCGGGUUCAGAUGCCGGUCAGCAGGUGAGGAGCUGUGGCCCUGAGAAGAGCGCCCCCUGCGGCUGCCAGCCGGAAUAAACGCAGCCCUUUCAGCACGACCAACCACUGAUCAAUGCGGACAUCUGCAGGAGACAAGCGAGCCAAUCAGAUCUCACUAUUGACAUCCCAGCCCAACACUUCACAUCCCUCGUUAUGACACGAGACGGCGAGAAACGGAAAAACUGAAGUGAGAAAGAAUAAGUGUGUGUGUGUGUGUGUGAGAGAGAGAGAGAGAGAGAGAGAGAGAGAGAAAUGCAAAAAUGUGAGGAAGUCUGUGUGUGUGUGUGUGUGUGUGUGUGUGUGUGUGUGUGUGUGUUUAGUGCACUGACAUGUCACUGGUGUGUGUAAGACAGACAUAAUCCGUUGAAAAAGAAGCGCUGACCCUGAAUGCACAAUGUCUGGGUGGGUGGUUUUAGUUUAACGUAAUCAUCUUGUCCCUCACUUAGAAAUGAGCUGCCAGCCACUUUGCAUAAGUGACCUUCAUCCUUUCAAAAUUACAGCGGGAAAUGAGAGCAUGUUCAGAAUUAUUCUUCUGCGGAGGAAGAUAAUACUUAUUCUGAAUUCCAAUUCUGACUUUUUUAUUUCCCAUUAUGCCGGGAUGAGAGGUUCUCCAAGCGAAAGGAGCUCUUUUUGAAUGUUUUGUGCAGGGUGCGUUUUAGUUACUCCCAAAAUAAAAUUACAUGUUUACAA